AUGAACAGCGUCAAAACAGACGAAGAGUUAACCUCAACAAUGGGCAAUGUCCUGUCAACGUCCAAAGAGGAAAAAAAUGACUCUAGCGAUGCUACCCCUACGUCUUCGACUGAUGCAAAUACCAAUCUUAAGGCUGCUCAAACUGUCUCCGAAGAUCCCGUUGAUCCCAUCAGUAGUACUUCUUCAGAUAUUUUCGAUCAAUCGAAACCUCCAGACGCCAAGUCUUCGAUCGACGAGUCUGACAGGUUGCAGGCCGACGAGCACGAAAACGAUCUACUGGGAAUACCGGUUUCAAAUGAAAAAAUUACUGCAGACGUUGAAGAUCUAGUUCACGACUUGGAGAGUCUACUGGGAGAGACGAGCGAGCCCUACAAACUACCCUAUCAAAGUAGAUCCAACAGCAAGGCGCACACUUCGUCGGCUGUUCCAGAAGUUGUCGAUAAAGAAGAUGUUGUUAAAGAUGAAAUCGAGCCCCCAAAAAAUGCAGUCGAUAAAAAGGCUGAGAAACAACCAACAGACGACAUCCAGGAAACACCAGAACCCACACCAGAACCGACUCCAGAAUGUACAUCACCAUCAAUUGAUAAUGCAAUUGACAAAUCCGAGGCCGAAAUUCCCUCGGUGGAUAAUAAUUUCGAGCAACCAUCGACAAGCAAAGUUGAAGAAUUCGUUUCGGCGGAUCAAAGCGUUCCCGAGCAGGUUUCCCCGCCAGAAAAAAGCGAUGUUCGCGAUGACGUCGACGGUGGUAGCAUGGAGAGCUGGGAAAUCGUGGAUGCUGAUACAGUUAAUUCCAUUCCCGGGCCGUCUGGUGACUCCAUCCCAAUCCAGGAAUGUAAAGUUACUGCAGAAGACAUUACGUCAAGCGGCGAUAAACCUGAAACUAGUGAUAAUAGAGAAGAAAGCGAGGACAACAGGGAAGCCGAAAGCACGCAAUUAGAAGUAAUUAAUGCACCGGAACAAGAUGAAUUAGUCGCCGAUGCUGCAGACGUUGAAAAACACAGUAACGAAAAUGAAGCAACUGAAGCCGUACCAGUACAAACUGAUGAAUUGGCUGAAGAAGUUGCCACUUCUUCUCAAUUAGAAUCAGAAGUUGAUAAUUCCAUUAAAGAGCCAUUAAAUGUUGCAUCGCCAACGGAAAUAACAUCCAGUGAAACUUGUGUUACAGCUGGAACUGAAGAAUUGGAUAACAAAGAGGAAUUAAUUGAACCAAUGCAAAGCAACGACGUAGAAAAUAUAGAAGAGAGUACUUCCACAAAUGAUGAAAAGCCCCUCAUUCCAUCAGAAACGGAGCAAGUAGCUAACCCAACUCCAAUUGAAGAUUCUUCUCAUGUUGAAGAACAACAAACGCUUGUAAGAGAAACUGAAGUUGCAAAAGAGAAUGUGGAAGAAGUAUUAGAGCAUUCAGAAGUGUCUAAAUUAGAUGAACAUAGAGAAGAAGCGGGAAAAUUAGAAAGUGAACCAGAGGUACAGCAAAUUCCUACUGAAAUAGAAGCUGCAAGUACAUCAGUCGAAGAAAUUGAAUCUCAUUCAGCCCAAAUAGAACCUGAAUCUACAGAAAUAUCUGCUUCGGUGAAUAAAAAUGAUGACAAUAACUGUGUAAAAGAGCCUGAAACAGUCACUUUAGAACUGCCCUUAGAAAAAUGCGAUGAAAAAGUGGAUACUCUAACUAAAAGUAAGGAUGAUGAUGAUGAGUCAGUUGAAACUGUGUCUGAAAAACUUCCAGAAGUAGUACAAAAUGAGGAAAACAAAAGUGCACAAGAACCAUCCAUUAGUGAAACUAGCACACAAAUGGAGUCAGAAAUAGUGGAACCCAAACUUGGUGAAACUAGUAAACAAUUAGCGGAACCCAAACUUGGUGAAACUAGCAAACAAUUAGUGGAACCCAAACUUGGUGAAACUAGCAAACAAUUAGUGGAAACCAAACUUGGUGAAACUAGCAAACAAAUCGUGGAAACCAAACUUCUCAACCAGAACUUAGAAGUAAGCGAUCUUAAUUCAAUUAUUACAGAAGAUAACGACAUUAAAGUGGCUGAAAUAGAAGACGUUCCAAUAGCCGAUACUACAAAAAAGAGCGAAGAAGUAGAAACACAAAUCAAAAACGACAAAGUUGUCCUCAAUGAUUUUGCAAAGGAACAACCACAAGACCCAACUGAAUCUCUAGCAGACGAAAGACAAACAGAAAAACAUAUUUCGCAUCUUCAGUUUGCACCGCUGCAAUUAUCCGAGGAGGAUUCCGACGAUUCUGAAGUAGUACCGAGACUGGCUUUAGAACCAGACGAUUCGAACAGUCCUGCAAUUCCAGACACCAACGAAUUACCUUCAGAAGAAAUUCUACCCCAAGUCGAAAUGGAAAAUAAACCGAUGUACAUAGAAACUGCCGUGCGCCCCGUUAUAGAUACAACAGACAACAUAGAGACUAUGCUUGCAGUGGCGAGUUUACAGAACAUCGAUAUUCCAAAGCAAGAUGAAUCGCAGCAUGUUGUAAGCGAAAAAGAACGAAGAGAAAUGGAAGCUCUAGCCAGAGCGGUGCAGAGUAUCACGGAUAAUUCCAGUUCAUAUGUCGAGUACAUAGAACCCAACGUUCCUCAAGUAAGCGUAGAGGCCAUACAGGAAGAACCUACUGUUCAAAUUAUGGACACAAUGGAGGUUUUAUGUUCAGCGAAAAAUGCUGAAAUAACAACAUCUCAAGCAGUACCCGAUGAAGGAGCUGGACUUCAGCUUGACGUAUCUAAAGAGGAUCAGGUGGAAGUAACUGAGCGUAUAGAACCAUCAGUACAAUCUGCUGGUGAAAUUGUAUUACCAGAAGAAAAAGUAGUUCAAGAAUCUAUUCAACAGACAGUUGCUCCAGAAGAAGUUGUUGCAGAGAAAGUUCUAAACGAAGUAGCUGCAUCAAACAAUGAAAAUGUGGAUGCUAAGGAAAUAGAGACUGUAAGAAAUUUACCUGUAGAGGAGAGUAAACCGUUAGAAGUUGUGCCUAAAGAAAUCGAAGAGAACCUCAUCGAAGGUGUAUCGAAGAAGCAUAAUACAGAAGAAAGGCACAAAGUUUGCGAAACGUUCGAAGAAAAAUCUAAAGAACAUGCCCACAACAGCGAAAACUCCCAGGAUUCCGUCAAUUCCAUCAGCGAGGUAUCGACCAAAGAGAGCAGAAAAGGCAGGUCAACGGACAAACCGAAAAAGCACAAGAGAGUCGAUAAAUACGAAGAGCUCUCCAUCAACGUGGACGUACCGGAGAGAGAGGCCGUUUACAGUCCGAAAAUAACGAUCAAACCUAUUAAAGUACCCGACGAAGAGGUCAGUACGACUACUUACGGCGACAGUGAGGCGUCCAAGGGCAGCUUGAAGAUGACUAUUACGAAACAAUCCGAUAACACGCAUUCUAUAUUGAAAAUCAGCGAUCAGGACUAUUCGGAUUGUUUGCCCGAGCCAGAGGAACCCAUCCCCAAGUUAAUUAUAAAACCAAAGAUGCAACAGGUGGAGAGUCAACACAGCCCGAAAAUGUCGACAAGAAGUUCGAAACAAUCGCCCACGGGCUCUUCGCAGAGAUCCAGUAGCCCGAGGAUAACGAUAAAGCCUGUGAUUAAGCCUGACAAGCAGGAGCCGGUCAGUCCUAUUAAAAUUAAAAUCAACACUAAAGCGAACGCUAAGCAAUGCGGCGAUGACGACGAAGGUAGCAGAAAAUCGGUGAAACCGAUCAAAUUGAACGACGAUAUCGAACAGGUUCAAAGCCCUAGAAUUACUAUUAAACCCAUACCUAAACCGGAUUCCGAAAAGGAAAUUGUCAAUCCAAGAUUGACAAUAAAACCCAUUAAAAAACUGGAAGAAGACGCCGAAAACGAAGAACGAGAAAGGUCUAGUCCCAAAAUCAUAAUAAAACCUCUGAUCAAGCCCCAGGAAUUGGACAGCCCGCACGGCGACGAAGAGGAAGAAGUCAAAGAACGGAUCGUAUUGAAAAUAAACAAAGGCCACCUUCCUAGUCCGGCUAAAGAAAGUAAAAAGAGGGAGCAUCCCGUCGAUGACGAAAAGUCGGAAAAGCUAGUUAAAAUAACGGUUAAAUUCCCCAAAGAAGGAGGCCAUCCUCAUAUCGUUCAACAACCGGGCGAUGAUAAUUCUCCAAAGAGAUCGCACGAUGAAAAUUCCGGUUCCGAGAAAAAUAAGAAGCAAAAAGUUGAAAGUGACUCUGUCAUAUCGACCAGGUCGAGUUCCAGGCAUAAGGAGCAACAAGAAGCAUCAAGCGAUAAAUCUACCGCGGGCGCCGAAGUGAAACUGAAACACAAGGACCACAGUCACGAAUCUCCCGUAGAAACCAAAAGGGCUCGAAAGGACAACCUCAGCGAUAAAACUAAAUUGUUGAAAGACGAGAAUUUCGAAGAGCUGCUUUUCAUCGAUGCUAAACUCACAUCUCCGGUUACUAUUAGCGAGGAUUCCAGAUCUCAGGAUAACAGCAGUAUAAUCGUUUUGGACGACAGUAAAGAUGGCUCCGAUAGAGUAAGGAGUUCCGAAGGCAUCCAAAAGCCUCUAUUACCGGAAUUAAAUUGUUCAACUUCUAUACCUCCUAUGGUGAAAAGAGGAAGAGGAAGGCCUCGGGGCAGGCCCAGGAAGACGCCGUUAGAGGUGAGAGUAGAGCCGAUACUCGAUGAGACUCAGAAGCCCAAGGAGUCUGCGAUGGUGUUGGAUCAACAGCCGCAGGUGCACGAUUCUGGGAGGCCGAAGCGCAGCUGUCGCGGUCAAUCCGUUUGUGAUACUCUCGGCAUAAAGCCGAGGAAACCCCGGGGGCCCGGUAGGGGGCGAGGCGGCAAAAGGGGAAUGGGAAACAGAGCGGUCGUGGAAAGGGAUCCUCUGGCGAUCAACCCCGCCGACUUGAAACGCGAAGACUUCCCCAAAGCCGUCGAAAUCGACAGAAAAGACGAAGUGAUCAUUAUCGAGGAGGAAAUCAAGCAGAAGGGCGCCGGCAAAUCGAUCGCCAGGAAGUCCUGCGAGAAGGACCCGAAAGCCGAUGUAGCCUCCGCCGUAAUAGAAAUCGAUUCGGGGGAUUCCGUGCACUCUGAGGGCGAUCGAAACGCCAACGCGAGCCUAGAGAAACGGAACGAUGGCGGCGUCGAGUGCAUGGAAAUCGAUGAUAACGACGCCGAAGUCGAGGUCAUCACCAAGACGCCCAAGCGGCAUUUGUUGACCGUUUCGAGCAGGAAAUCCCACCAACAAGAGGCGGACAAGAAGGCGGACAAACCGCCUGUGGUAAUUAUACGGAAAGUUAAAGACGUCGAUGCCAAGAGGUUAGCAGCUGAUGAAGUAGUUCCGGUACCUUUCGCUAGUUUAGCGCCGCCUUCGACGUCUAGGGACUUCUCUGCCUUGGAAACCUCUACAAAACCUGACAUAUCAUCAGUAAGCAGCACUACCAUUCCGGCAGAAAUUAUGAUCGUCGAUGAAGAGACCAGAAUGAGCGCAGAAACCAACAGCAGAGCGCAAACUCCCGCUAAACAGGUAAUCGCCUCGUCCGAAAUGGUGGAAGAAUCUCAAAGCUCCGUGCACAGCACUACCACAACCGAAAGCGGCAAAACUCAGUCUAGACCAAGCAAGACGCCUCGCUUGGAAGUACAAGAAACCGAAAGUCAAAUAAUAACGGCCGAUCUUCUAACGGAAUACUAUUGGAACGGCAACGGCCCGUUUAUGUUGCAAGAACAGGUUGCUCAGUUUUUGGGCAUCAAAUCGUUCAAACGGAAAUAUCCUGGCAUAAUGAGGAGGAUGCUAGACAUUCACGAGAGAGAUUUCAUUAGAGAAAAAGGUCUAGCUUCGGAGCACAUGUGCGAUUUGGGUUUGACAGCAGUUAAUAGUGCAGAUAUUUUGGACAUCAUGUAUUCGGACUUUCAAGAUAAAUACGAAGACUACUGCAAGCAUCAGCGAGACAGGCAAGCUAAGGACAUGUUCAAUAAGCAGAAGGCUCUAAGUUUAGCAACUAGCCAAGAGAAAAAUAAGGCUGAUAUUACGGAACAGGCGGUCCAGUCGGCCGCCCAAUGGAACGCUCGAUUCAAUAAGGAGAGGAGAGAACAACGAAAAGCCUGCAUGGACUUGCAAAACUUCACAGUGCAUUAUCCGAAAGGGAAGAAAUCCCCUCACGCAAUCAACACGAACCCCGGUAUUUACCCGGUAGCUUUAGUGCCUGGUCAAUUCGCAGAAUUCUAUAAGGAAUUUUCGCCGACCGAGCUGAACAAUCUUCCCAUAAACACCAUGUGCUACGACGAAAUUCGUUUCAUUCCGCGCGACGAUUCCGAGGAAUCCGGAUCGGAGUCCGAGUCCGAUUCGUCGACUUCGUCCGGCUCUUCGACGUGUUCCAGUUCGGAUAGCGACUCCUCUUCGGGCAUCGAUGAUUGCAAAUUGUGCAAGCACCCGACGAAAAAGGCCGCUAUCUCGUCACAGCCGGUGUCUCCCGCUGCGACUGCGACGAAGUGA